AUGCUGGACCUUUUCGCACCUAUUAAAUGCCUUCUGCAGGAAGAGUCUGUCCGUGUCGACAAUGUGAUCUUCAGGCUGCACUCGCGCGUCACCGUUCUUCUGCUGCUCGUUUGCACCAUCCUCGUAACUGCCAAGCAGUAUAUCGGCGAGCCGAUCUCUUGCAUGACCGACAGUUCCAUCGACAGAGAAUCUGUAAAUGCGUAUUGCUGGAUCUACAGCACGUUCACGGUGUCGCGACACCUGAAGGGAAUCCCCGGACGAGGUGUAGCGAGUGCCGGCGUGGGACAGGCCCUUCCGGAUGAUGAAGCCCGUCAUCAUCGAUAUUAUCAGUGGGUCUGCUUCGUCCUCGGCUUACAAGCGAUCCUUUUUUAUGUGCCGCGCGCGUUAUGGGGCAUCUGGGAGAAAGGCACCAUAGGCCUUCUUUCGCGGGAUCUCGAGUCUCCUUUCCUGAGGGACGUCUGGACCGCGGAGAGGAAGCAGCAGCUCGCCGCGUAUUUCACCCGGACGAACCUGCACAGUCACAAUUUCUACGCUACGCGCUUCUUCGUCUGCGAGCUCUUGAAUUUCUUGAAUUCGAUAGGACAGAUAUAUCUGCUGGACAUAUUUCUGGAGGGGCAGUUUAGGCGAUACGGGCCCUUGGUGAGCGUGUUUAUCGCGGGAGAAAAUCCUCGCGAAAGGGUCGACCCUAUGGCGCGAUUGUUCCCAAAAGUGACGAAGUGUACGAUUCACAACUUCGGGCCGGCGGGCACCGUGCAGAUUCACGACGCGCUGUGCGUGCUGCCGUUGAACGUGGUGAACGAGAAGAUAUUUGUCGUUCUCUGGUUCUGGCUGGUAUUCCUCGCGGGCGUCGGUUGCCUGGCGAUAAUCUAUAGGAUUGUAGUUUUUUCUCAACGUUGGGCGAGAGUGUAUCUUCUGCGUGGCGCAGUUCGCGUGCUCGAGAGAUCUAAAGCCGAGCGUGUCGUACGAGUAUUCCACUUCGGCGAUUGGUUCCUGUUGCACCAACUCGCGCAGAAUGUCAAUCCUAUCGUGUACAGAGAGCUGGUUAAUGAGAUAGCGGAAGCCUUCGCGACCAAGAGUUUCCCAGACUUCGUCUAG